AUGAAUAUCUCGUCUUUAUUUCUUAUCUUUCACGCGACGGUCACAGCUCAAGAAGCCGAAAUCACCACAAAAGCAAGCCCAGUUGACUUGUCUAACUCGACAGAGGCAGAAGUUGAGCCAGAGGUCGAAAACAUGGCAAACCCAGCAACAGAAAGUCCAGAUUUAUCUCCUAAAAAUGGAACGACUACAGAUACGCCUCUUGUUCGUCCAAUUACCAGCGCACCCAUUGAAUCCGGCUUCGACUUCGGCAGCUUCAUCGGUGGCGCCGUUCUAGCGUUUGGCGUCACGGCAACGGUCUAUUUCGGCAUAAAAUUCUACCGCGCGCAUAAUCCCGAUUAUCGUCAUAUUUAA